GUAUCCUAUGAUCAAAAUAUUCGAAUAUAUAUCGAAUGUUAUUCCAUUUUAUGGAAUGUCAUUCCUCAACACUCACAACUCAACUUCUUUCAUCGUUAUGCAAGCAUUAAAAGAAUUGUUGGAUAACUCUUUUGAGAUACUAAGAUCCGUACCGGAGAAUGUGUUUAUUAAAUGUUUAAAAGAAGAAAUCUCAAGAUGGGCAUGUACUUUGCAUUAUGGUCCAUGUUUGAUAAUGGCCAGAAAAAAAUUAUUAUUACAUUUCGAAGAUCCUUCAUCAAACAUAAUUUCACCAGGAUGGAAGGAAUGGACAUAUUGCCAAGGUUUAUUAGAGGCAAAUAUUUCUGAGCGGAUCAUUUCAAAGGAAAUGUGGUUGACAGGAGAACUUUUACCGUACUUACCUUGUACUCGAAAUCCUUCAGUUGUCCUCACAUACUUUCUGUCUCUACAGAAAUAUUCCCAACAUGCAAAGCGAGAGACUAGCCGUAUCCGUCGUAAUAUAAACAUUUUCCAUUUAUUUAUUGCAAAGCAUGCUAACAAUUCCAUCCUCACGAAAAAUUUGAUGUUUAUUACGAAAAUAAUGCCCAAGUAAUCAUUUUUUUCUUUAUAAACAAGUACUGCUGUUAAUAAUAGAUACGUUUUUAUAAAAUGUAAACACCUGUAUUACUUUUAUAGGGAGAUUAGUACAAUUGUAGCAGUAACUGAUAUCGUCAAUCAUGUGUAUUCUGAAAAACACCUUAAUGAGGUAAGCAAGAUGAAACCACACAAACGUGCGCGCGCGUGUACGUCUCCAGAGAUAACGAAGAAUUAAGGAGGUCUGUGCGGGUGUAUUUAUUUAGUACAACACGCCUGCAUGCGGAAAAACCUUGCAAUUUCAUAUAAUUGUAUGACAAUAUACAUGUAUGCACAAUAUAUGCAUGCGUGUUUACCAAUGUACUGUACUGUAUGCAUGUAACUUACUUAUACAGCAUAAAUUUCCAAGGGACGCCUAUUAGAACUGCGGGAAAUGACGUCGACAUCAAUUUGGCGGUGUUGAUGUCGAUUCGACAUCGUUUCGACAUCGAUCGACGAAUUAUUUCUCACUGGGUUGGACGUCCUAAAGACGUCCCCAUCCAACGAGAACACUAACGUCGAGUCGACGUUGAAUCGACGU